GUGAGUGGAGAUAGUCACCGCUCGCAAUAUCACCGCCCAAUGCGGCUGCGCCACGUCACUAACAUCCGCAACGCACCGUUUUGAAGGAAAAAGCUCUCAAGCCAACGCAUUGUUCUUAAUCUUCUCUUUUGCGACCGUACAAGCUCCGGAUUAGUGGUAAAAUUCGACGCCGGCAGAGAUGUUGGGGAGUCCCGGAAGAAUGAGCGGGCUGGUAUUGAGGUGCGCGCAAUGGCUUUUCGCUGCUGCGUCGAUUGGGGUUAUGAUUACUGCUCCUGGCUUCUUCAACUCCACUGCCUUCUGUUACUUAAUUGCUUCCAUGGGGCUUCAAAUUCUUUGGAGUUUUGGACUAGCAUGUCUUGAUGUGCAUGCCUUGCGUAUGAAGAAAAGCCUGCGGAAUUCAGUUCUAUUGUGUCUAUUUGCUAUUGGAGACUGGGUUGUAGCUACGCUUGCACUCGCCGCCGCAUCAUCGUCCGCUGGGGUGGUCAUUCUGUAUUCAAGGGACUUGGACUACUGCAGAUUACCGCCUCAUAUUCAAUGUACGAAGAUCGAAAUAUCUGUGGCUUUUGCUUUUAUCUCGUGGUUCCUACUGGCUAUAUCAUCUCUAGUAACAUUUUGGCUCUUGGGUACAGUUUAAUAAAAUCACGUCCCCAUUUUCUCUGAGGCUUUCUCCUUGAACGUAAA